AGAAAAAACACAGAGCUGACUAAGAUAAUUGCCAACAUGGAUGCGCCCAUGUCAGUUGACAGAUGUAAAGAAAACGCUGUGAAAAUUGUAAAUAGCAAGUUUGGAGAUAAUAUAAAGUCAUUAUCGGACUUAAAAUCUUUCUAUUUAGAAACUAAACAAACAGCAGAAACCAUAGAAAAUCGUCUGUCACUUUCUGAAUGGGAUAUUCCUCCUGAGGUGGAUGAGGCCUUAAAAAAUGCAGAGGAGGCACAGACCUCUAUAAAUAACCUGCAAAAAAAAAGUGAUGCUAUUCGAAAUGAAGCUGUGGACCACUGCAAAAUACUGAAACCCAUCGUGAACGAUUUGACUCCACUUGUUAGUCAGAUAGAGGAACUCCAAAAGUAUAGACAGUAUUUAUCAUGUGUGGCUCACAUAGAAAACAUAAGUAACCAGAUUUAUACUGCACUGAUGUCCAACAGAACUUCUAACGCAGUGGAGGAAUUCUCUUCACUGUCAGAAUACUACAUACAAAAACAACACUCAAAAUGCCAGAACCUUUUGCAGUUCCUAAAGGAAACCAUCUUAUUCUGGUACAACAUACUCAAGGAUAAACUCUCAAGUUUAUUAGAAGAGAGUUUAAAGGUGGUUGGGUGGCCACUAAUUGCUACAGCCACAAAGACUCCCCAAACUUCAUCACAUCCCUCACAGAAGAUGGACGCCAUCUUUUUACAGCUGCUUCUACUACAGUUACCAGAUUCUCUCAGUGUUGAGGUGCAGAAGAAAACAAUGACCUUUCUAUCUCGAGAAUUUACCUUCAAACCGUUAUUACUGCCCAUUCAACAUCUAGUCACCCCACUACGCAAACGAUUCAAGUUCCAUUUUUAUGGUAACAAGCAGACAAAUAACAAAGAGAAGCCUGAAUGGUACUUUGGGCAAGUGUUAAACUGGAUAAGGGACCAUUCAUCGUUCCUGGAUAACAGAAUACAAAAUUUGUUGGAAAUUGCAGGAUUUUAUUCAGUGGAUGCAAAGGUGGAGUUUAUGAGGGGGCUGGUGGUGCUUGUGAUGGAGAAGAUGGCCGCUGACCUUCCUGCGGUUAUGGAGGACGAGCACCUGUUCUGUCACCUGGUGGACGAAGCCAUCUUCUUUGAUCACGAACUUCAUCAAAUCUACGACUACCCAGCCGGACUCAACAGCAGCAUGGAUAUCCUGACGGUACCUAUAGUGUUUGAGCGAUGGAUUGAAAUAGAAAAGAAGUUUGCCAUAGAGAAGAUGGAUGCCCUGUUAUCCUCCCCCACGGCCUGGGAGUCCCAGUAUAAGAACAUUGCAGAUAUUGACACACUGAAAGUCCCGGAGUGUGGAGAGAGCUUUAUCACCCUCAUGUCCACCAUUACAGACCGUUACAAGUACCUUCCCUCGCCAGAGCACAGGUUGAAAUUCCUCGACAUGCAGCUUGAAUUGUUGGAAGACUUCAGAAUUCGCCUUGUACAAGUUAUGAAAGAGGUUACCCAUGACUCUCUGGGCGACACUUUCUGUGCAAUAUUAAAUGGAGUGCAUUACAUUACUGAUGUCCUCAGAGAAUGGUGCAACACCACUUUUUUUGUGGAGCUUCAAUAUCACAAUGCCACGCGACCAGUGGAACCUUCCACAGGAGCUGAUGAAGAGGAUACGAAGAGGCCGACCAAGAGAGCUGGAGCUGGUUUUAUGGCUGAUGAGAGUGUGUUUGAUGAGGGCAUUGAUCUGUUUGACAAAUUGAAAGUAGAAAUGGAGAAAAACAUCCUCAAACAUGCGACCUUAGAUGUUCAGGCCCGAUCCCAGCCCUACAGAAAGUAUAGAUGGAGGGAUUUGGAGGACUCUGGGGACCUCUCCCUGUCUACACCUGCCUGUGACAUGUUGAUGGUUCUGAGAGACCACCUCAUGACCAUGAAUACGAAACUCAGCAAACCACUGUUUGUAAAAAUGUGGAGGAAGUUGGCGGAGGAAAUGAGCAAGUUUAUGUUAGAAGAGGUGGUGCUUCAGAACAGGUUCAGUGAAGGUGGUGCCAAACAGCUGGAGUUUGAUAUGACCAGGAACCUCUUCCCUCUCUUUGGAGAAUACACCACAAAGCCACAGAAUUACUUCAGAUUAAUCAAUGAAGCAUGCACACUGCUGUGCUUGAGGGUGGGGUCAGCCCUGCUGCUGAGGGAGGUGUUGAUGUCAGAGGAGAGUAGACUGGAGAAAGAGCAGGCCCUCCAGGACCUGGGGGUGUACAAACUGACCCCCCAACGGGCGCUCAACGUCCUCAACUCACGGACCAACCUGUCAGUGACCUGAUAAGUCAACAAUACUCCAUUGACAUCUUUUGUUUGUAUCGGUGAAGUAACUCUAAUGUCUUUCAUUAUGCACUUGAACGAGUGCUGUGUACAGUUCUGUGUAUGUUUUUUUAUUUCAUAGGUAUAGUGAAUCCUACAUUUACUUAUUGUACCUGUAUGUUCAUUAUUUGAAUCAUGAUUUGUAUUUGAGAAAUAAUCUUUGAGGUGAGGGAUCUUUGAGAUAGUUUGACUAAUCAGCACUUACUGAAGCAAAGUCGUAUGUCCUUGCUAUGUCCAGUCUAAAUCUAUCUCACUGACAACUAUAGCACAUUGCUAAGAAAGACUUCUGGUGGAAUAUUUCCCCCUAUGAAUUCUUUGUAUGGACCUAAUAAUUUAUGAUACUAUAGCAUACAUGUAUAUCUUACUUUUUAAUGAAACACUGGUAAAGCGUAUGUGAUCAUUUACAUAAAAAAAGAAGAUAAGAUGAUAGAAUACCAGAAGUUCAUAUGUUCACAUUUCCAUUUACUAAGGGAUCAGAAAAGAUGAAGUACCAGUACACGAAGCUAUUGCUGCUAAUGACCAUAAAGUAUUCUCUUGAUCUUAACCAAGGUCAUGAUGAAACAAAGUAUGUUAUCCUAGGUUUCCGAUCAUUAAUUUUGUUGGUGUUACAAGCAGGUACUUUAUCUGUGGAAGGAACUUGUACCUUACUAUAGUUUGUUUUUUGUUUGUUGUUGAAGUACCUAAGGCAUACAAUGAGAGAGAUCGUGUAGAAAGGUACAGCUGUAUUUGUGUACAUCAUACAGUAUGUAUGACUAUUUUAUCAACCAAUGUUAAUCUUUGAGGGCACUGUAUGAAUAAUAAAAUGUGGAAACCUAA